AUGUCUUUCCAACUUACCUCCUCCAAACUCCAAAUUAUCGAGACAAUCGAGGAUCCCAGAGCCAUGAUCCGCCAUGCCGUCAAGCGUACAAGGGAGGCCUGCAAGGCGACAGAAGACCUAAGUAGUGAUGAUGAGGACGAAUACGAUGAUGAAGUUCCAGAAUACAGCCAUCCGGCAAUCUCACCUUACGCCGUCGAUCCGGUAAUACUUCAUUUUGGCGGUCAGGCGCCAGGUAUCCCAGUCCCUCGGGAUCUUCUUAAUUGGGAGCCCGUUUUGCUGUAUCGCAUGCAGACCGUCCCUUGUGUGGGCAUUCAAGUUAAAUUUAUUGAGUUGGGUAAGCUGUAUGCGGAUAUUGGUCAUACGUUGGUCAAAUUCAUACAUACUUGGGUCUAUGAGACCAUGCAGUGCCCCGACGAAAGGAUCGGAAGGUACAGGCUCAGUGUACUCGCCUAUGCCGCUGCGAGGGAGUUUAGCAUUGACAAACUGGGAGAAGAAGCGAUGACGCGGAUAAGAUGUUCCACUGAUGCAAUUAGCAUCCACCAAAUUCUUGAUAUAGCCCAGCAGAAUCUUUUCAUGGAGGAUGCAUUCUUGAAACACUUCGGACCCAGCCCUGGGACGAUCCACGAGUUCGGUAGAUUCCUGGCUAGGGUGAUGGCACGGGUGUAUUAUCGUCGGCUUUCGCUGGCCAGGGGUGAGCAGGUUGAAUAA